AAGAUGGCGGGAGGGCGGCUCUGAGGAGACCUCGGCGGCGGCGGAGGAGGAGAGAAGCGCAGUGCCGCGCCGCGCCGGGGCCCAUGUGGGGAGGAGUCGGAGUCGCUGUUGCCGCCGCCGCCGCCGCCUGUAACUGCUGGACCCGAGUAGGAGUGAAGGGGAGACGGCAGGAUGAAGUUCGCCGAGCACCUCUCCGCGCACAUCACUCCCGAGUGGAGGAAGCAAUAUAUCCAGUAUGAGGCUUUUAAGGAUAUGCUGUAUUCAGCUCAGGACCAGGCACCUUCUGUGGAAGUUACAGAUGAGGACACAGUAAAGAGAUAUUUUGCCAAGUUUGAAGAAAAGUUUUUCCAAACCUGUGAAAAAGAACUUGCCAAAAUCAACACAUUUUAUUCAGAAAAGCUCGCAGAGGCUCAGCGCAGGUUUGCUACCCUUCAGAAUGAGCUUCAAUCAUCACUGGACGCGCAGAAAGAAAGCACUGGUGUCACCACGCUGCGACAACGCAGAAAGCCAGUCUUCCACCUGUCCCAUGAGGAACGUGUCCAACAUAGGAAUAUUAAAGACCUUAAACUGGCCUUCAGCGAGUUCUACCUCAGUCUUAUCCUGCUGCAGAACUAUCAGAAUCUGAAUUUUACAGGGUUCCGAAAAAUCCUUAAAAAGCAUGACAAGAUCCUGGAAACAUCUCGUGGAGCAGAUUGGAGAGUGGCUCAUGUAGAAGUAGCCCCAUUUUAUACAUGCAAGAAAAUCAACCAGCUCAUCUCUGAAACUGAGGCUGUAGUGACCAAUGAACUUGAAGAUGGUGACAGACAAAAAGCUAUGAAGCGUUUACGUGUUCCCCCUUUGGGAGCUGCUCAGCCUGCACCAGCAUGGACUACUUUUAGAGUUGGCCUAUUUUGUGGAAUAUUCAUUGUAUUGAAUAUUACUCUUGUGCUUGCCGCUAUAUUUAAACUUGAAGCAGGUAGAAAUAUAUGGCCCUUGAUAAGAAUCUAUCGGGGUGGCUUUCUUCUGAUUGAAUUCCUUUUUCUACUGGGCAUCAACACGUAUGGUUGGAGACAGGCUGGAGUAAAUCAUGUGCUCAUCUUUGAACUUAAUCCAAGAAGCAAUUUGUCUCAUCAGCAUCUCUUUGAGAUUGCUGGAUUCCUUGGGAUAUUGUGGUGCCUGAGCCUUCUGGCAUGCUUCUUUGCUCCAAUUAGUGUCAUCCCCACAUAUGUGUACCCACUUGCCCUUUAUGGAUUUAUGGUUUUCUUUCUCAUCAACCCCACCAAAACUUUCUAUUAUAAAUCCCGGUUUUGGCUGCUUAAACUGCUGUUUCGAGUAUUUACAGCCCCCUUCCAUAAGGUAGGCUUUGCUGAUUUCUGGCUGGCCGAUCAGCUGAACAGCCUGUCAGUGAUACUGAUGGACCUGGAGUAUAUGAUCUGCUUCUACAGCUUUGAGCUCAAAUGGGAGGACAGUGAGGGCCUGUUGCCAAAAGAUUCACAAGAACCAGAAAUUUGCCACAAAUAUUCAUAUGGUGUGCGGGCUGUUGUUCAGUGCAUUCCUGCUUGGCUUCGCUUUAUCCAGUGCCUGCGCCGAUACCGAGACACAAAAAGAGCCUUUCCUCAUUUAAUUAAUGCUGGGAAAUACUCCACGACUUUCUUCACGGUGACAUUUGCAGCCCUUUACAGCACUCACAAAGAACAACGUCACUCAGACACCAUGGUGUUCUUUUAUCUGUGGAUCGUCUUUUGUAUCAUCAGUUCCUGUUAUACCCUCAUCUGGGAUCUGAAGAUGGACUGGGGUCUUUUUGAUAAGAAUGCAGGAGAAAACACCUUCCUCCGGGAAGAGAUUGUAUACCCCCAAAAAGCCUACUAUUACAGUGCCAUCAUAGAGGAUGUGAUCCUGCGCUUUGCUUGGACUAUCCAGAUCUCAAUUACCUCCAUGACUUCGUUGCCUCAUUCUGGGGAUAUCAUUGCUACUGUCUUUGCUCCCCUUGAGGUUUUCCGGCGAUUUGUGUGGAACUUCUUCCGCCUGGAGAACGAACAUCUGAAUAACUGUGGUGAAUUCCGUGCUGUGCGGGACAUCUCUGUGGCCCCUCUGAAUGCCGAUGAUCAGACGCUCCUAGAGCAGAUGAUGGACCAGGAAGAUGGGGUACGGAACCGCCAGAAGAAUCGGCCGUGGAAGUACAGCCAGAGCAUAUCCCUGCGCCGGCCUCGCCUCGCUUCUCAAUCCAAGGCUCGUGACACUAAGGUAUUGAUAGAAGACACAGAUGAUGAAGCUAACACUUGAAUCCUCUGAAGUCUAGAUUAACAUCCUUGGUUUUCCUACUCUACAAUUCUUUCCUCGACCAACGCAACCUCUAGUACCUUUCCAGCCGAAAACAGGAGAAGACAUAUAACACGUUUUCCGAGCUCUUCCAGAUCGGAUCCUAUGGACUCCAAACAAGCUCACUGUGUUUCUUUUCUUUUCUUCUCGUUUAAUUUUCAUUUUCUAUUUUUAAAACAAAUAUUUACUUCAUUUUGCCAAUCAGAGGACAUUUUAAGGAACAAAAACACAGUAUCUUCUGGAUUGUUUACAAUCACAAGGACACAGAUACCUACCAGGAUGAAGAACAGGCAUUGCAAGGACCCUCUGAUGGGACGGUACCGAGAUACCUCGGCUUCCGCUUGGCCCGGUUUUGACUGGUUGAAACCGGACAUUGAUUUUUAAAUUUUUUGUCUGUUUAUGUGGAGAAUUUUGUCCUUUCCUUCAUACCCAGCGCAAAAGCACUGGCCGCACUUGCAGGGAAAGUGCGACUUAGAGCAGGACCUUCAUUCAUGAAACUACUUUUUAAUUUGAUGUAACUUUUCUUAUUUUGGGGAGGGUUGCUGGGUGGGUGGGAAAUAUGAUGUAUUUGUUACAUAUGGUUUUCUCAUUAUUUAUGAAACUUAACCAUAAAAGAAUGAUAUAACUCCUGUACAAUGAAGGUGGUAACAGUGAAGACAGGGGAAACUAAUGUUGAACAGCAUUUGAGGGUUUAGUCCACAAUACCUCUUUCAUGAGACGAUUUGCACCUGUUUGACUUUUCCUUCCUUUCUUUUUAAUUUUAAGCCAAAGUUUUAUUACUGAUGUUUUGAGUUGCUGCUGCUUCAGAAUCCUGAGCAUGUCUCCUGCAACAAAGCCUUCACACACGCCCACGCAACCAGUUGAAAUUUAUUGAAGAGGCCUGAUACAUUUUUUUAAGGAACAGAUGUGGAAUACAUUUGCCCAUAUUCCAACCGUAACUGAAGUUACGCCUUAUUAAGCUUCAACAUGUAGGGUAAUUGAAGUACAGCCUUUACCAGCUUGGGAUUAGAAGGCACAGCUAUUUCAUAGACUCUCUGCACCCUCAUUGGAUAGUUUUUCUUCUGGGCCCACUUACUUUAGCCAGAAGUUGAUCAAAUUAAAAGUCUGUCUUGGGGAAACCAUGCUUUUGAGAGCAUAGAACAAGUUACCCUUCCUCUCUCACUUGACAGUGAUGAAACAGAGAUUGGCAGCCAUUUCUCCCAGCAGUUUUAAAGGAUGAACAUUAGAUUUCAUGCCCUCCUAUGACAGAAAAACUGCUAAAAUUGGGGGGGGGCCUAAACUUGGUUAUACACAAAAAGCAUAUUUCUUAGAAAUUUCAGACUAUAAUGGUCUGUACACAAUGCUCAUUUUCACUUUCGUCUAAUUUCUUUCCUAUUUCCUAAGUCAUCAGAUAAGCCCAACAACCCUAAAGGAUUUUUCUCCCUUGAAUGUGAUUGGCAUUAAAUUUAGCAUUAUCAUUUACUUAGUAUUAAAAGCAUAUGAUUACUGCCCCUUAGUAUACCCUUUUGUCAUUAGCUCUUAUGCCGUGCAUCACAAGUCUUCACUCAUCCCUGUCAUAAUUCCAGGAGAUUAAUUAAAAUUCCUAUUACUACCAAAAUUCUACCAAUUAACUAACAUUUUCUUUUCAAAGGAGUUUUUUUCGUCUUUAUUCUGUCAAGCUUCCAAAAUUUGGUCCCUUCCUGAAUUGAGACUUUUUUUCCCUGAAAAAUCACUAGGCUCUGUGGCUUUUACAGCUUUUUUUGUUUUGCCAAGCAUAUUCCUUGGCCCAAAACUGAAGAAGAGAAAUUUAAUUUUUUUGUUUGUUUGUUUAAAUAAAAUGGAUCGUUUCUAAUAAUCAGUGGUAACAAUUUAGUGACCCUUAAUAGAUUAAAGGUUGCAUUAUUUAUACUUGGGAUUUUUUUUCUAACUACUCUGGUUUUGUACAUUAAAACUAUGGGGGAAAUAUCACUGGUCUGUCCAGAAGGAGCAGUAAUUAUUACUGAGUUACAUAGAAAAGUCCAGUGGACCAGUCAUUUCUUGUACAAAUAAAAUUGAUGGUACUAAUGUGUAUCCAGA